AUGGCCGCUCAGCUGUGCUUGCUGCCGCUCGAGCGCGCGGCGCUCGGCCUCGUGCUGUUGGAGCCCAUAUUCGACGCCGCCAACGCCACGCCCAUAGUCGUCGAGCACCUAGAGGUCGCUUUUGGUCAGGAGGCAACGCACACGGCCCUUGAUGGUCUUCGCCCCCAGCGCCGCGCCGGCGUCGACGACGCAGCUGCGGCCGCCGCCGCCGCCGCUGCCGCCGCCGCCGCUGCCCAGGCGGGCGGCGGCGCUGAGGGCGCCAGCGCCGUGGACAGCGCCGCAGAGGCGGCCCCUUGCAGUUCGAGCAACAAGAGCAGCGGCGCCCUGGCGGUGGUUUCCAAAGGGGAAGAGGAGUCGGCGGCCUCCGAUGAAGGCGCGACGGGGGGCGGCAGCGGCGCCGCCGCCGCGCUGGGGGUCACGCUCGGCGUGGCGUCGCUUGCCGUCGCCGCGCGCCUCGCGGGGCGCGUGCUGGGCGCGGGGGGCCCGGCGGGGCGCGUGCUUUUUGGGUCGUGGUGGGUGUUGGGCGCGACGGUGUCGGCUGCUGCGCUGCUGUCGGACUGGAUGCUUGCGCCGUUAGCCGAGGGGGGCAGCGACAGCCAGGGGGAGGGGGAGGGGGAGGGCGAUGCGGACGGCUCCGAGGACCUGUUUUGA